AUGACACUAGGUUUGCAAAAUUUAUCAUCUAAAUCAAAAGAGAACAUCAUCAUUUCACAGGCUAUACCACCAUCUCAGGAGCUUACUUGGAGUACAUUACAAAGAAAUGGUUUUUUUGCAGAAGAAGAUGUAAAUGUUUCAUAUAUGGGGAAUUUUAAUAAUAAGACUACUCCAUGUAGAAGAUUGCAUAUAGAUCAGAUUUCAGAAAUUCGUGGAGAUGCAGAUAAUAUUUGCAUUAGUAAUAAUGAAAACUAUUUAAAUCAGGAUAGUAAUACUAAAAGUUACCAAAAUUCAGUAAAUUACAUCAGAUUUAUUCCUAAUGAAGAUUUCUUGCAUACUAUUGGAUCUGAUGAGGAAAUGAAAUUAGCAGUAGAACUUAUCAGUGAAGUUUUGAAAAUUAGAGAUGAAUGGGUUAUACAGUGGCCUAGUAUACAAGAUGAAAAUACUGGUAACAAUUUUAAUUUUUUAAAUAAAAAAGAUGUAGAUGAAGAUAAAAAUCAGAUUUAUUACAAUAACUAUGACUUAUUACUAGAAAAUACUCCUGAUUCUAUAGAUAUAAAGUAUGAAAUGAUAAAGGGUGUAUUUUGUAUAAAAUGGAUUACUGAUAAGAAUUUGUUAUAUAAUCCUGGGAUGAUUAAGAAGAUCAAAAAAUCCAAAUAUAAUAAAAGUUCUAAUACUAUGGAAUAUGAUUGGCUUAAUACAAAUAGUGACAGUGCUGUUUGCACUGAAAAGACUGAAAAAUGUUACAAGAAAAGAAUGGAACAGAAUAAAAUUAAAAAUUGUAAACAAUGGAAGUACAAAGAGAGAACUCUUUGUCUUUCAGAUAGACUUAUAUCUUAUAAAUGUACUUCUGACUCACAAGAUGAUACAUCACCCAACAGGUCAAUUCAAAAAAUAAAUACGAGAGUAUUUGAUAAUAAAUUACCAAUUAAAUUAAUAAAUAAUACAAUUCUAACAGAAAUAUCAAAACCAUUUUGUGAAACCAAGUGUAAAUCAGUGAGUAAAUUUUUGGAAUGCAUGAGGAAAGUUAUGACAUUAGUUCAAAAUCCUAUAGUCAAAAGCUAUACAUAUCAUAGAUUAAAAUACUUAGCACAAAGUUAUCAGCUUUAUACAAUGUUUAAUGGAAAAACUGAGCUAGAAGAAGGUAGAAAUAAUAUGUGUACAGGUUUUCACAAUAUAUACAAAGUAGAUACGCAUGUACACCAUUCGGCUUGUAUGAGUCAAAAACAUCUCCUUAAAUUUAUAAGAAAAUGUUUCGAUCGUGAUGGAGAUGAGUAUGUAACUUAUGAUGAAAAUACUUGUGGCAAAAAGACAUUGAGAGAGAUAUUUGAGCAAGUCGUUGGUAUUGGUAAAAUGGAGGCAUCUAUAGAUAAUUUAAAUAUGCAAUCUAUUGGACACUGUUUCCAGCGUUUCGAUAGAUUCAAAGAAAAAUAUAAUCCUUUUGGUUCCAAUAUAUUUCGAGAAAUAUUUUUGAAGUAUGACAACAUGAUUAAUGGGAGAUACUUGGCAGAAUUGACCCAAGAAGUUAUGCAAGAUUUAAAAGAGACCAAAUGUCAAUUUGCAGAAUGGAGAAUAAGUAUAUAUGGCAAAGAUAUGAAUGAAUGGCAGAAGUUGUCUGAGUGGCUAUAUAAAAAUAGGUUAUACUGUAGUCAAGUAAAGUGGCUAAUACAGGUACCUAGGUUAUAUCAUGUUUUUUAUGCAGAAGGUAAAGUGUCUAAUUUUGCUGAAAUGCUGAAUAAUAUUUUUUUACCAUUAAUUAAAGCACUAGAAACUCCAAAAAGAUAUCCAUUGAUAUACUUAUUACUUAAAAAUAUCGUUGGUUGGGAUUCUGUUGAUGAUGAAAGUGUGCAAAGUAAAUAUACAAUGGUUGAUGGGGAUUUAAAUGAUCCAGAAUUUUGGAACAAUGGAGAGAAUCCUCCAUAUGCUUACUGGGGAUUUUAUAUGUAUAGCAAUAUAAACGUGAUAAAUCAGCUUAUGUAUAGUCGUGGUCUAAAGCCUAUGAAAUACAGGCCUCAUUGUGGAGAAGCUGGUAAUAUAUCUCAUUUAGCUACUAUGUAUAUAUUAGCUGAUGCUAUUAAUCACGGAAUAUUACUCAAGAAAAGUCCAGUUUUACAAUAUUUGUAUUACCUUAAACAAAUUGGGAUUGCUAUUUCACCAGUAUCUAAUAAUGCAUUAUUUCUGGAAAUUACAAAAAAUCCAUUUCCAAAAUUUUUUUAUGUUGGACUUAAUGUUUCAUUAUCUACUGAUGAUCCUUUAAUAUUUCAUUUUACUGAUGAGCCACUUUUAGAAGAAUACUCUAUUGCAGCGCAUAUUUGGAAGUUUAGUAGCAUUGACUUAUGUGAAGUUGCAAGGAAUUCAGUAUUACAAUCAGGAUUUAGCUCUACAGAAAAAGCAAAUUGGAUUGGAGUGAAAAAACCAAAUUAUCUUAAUUAUGCACCGCAUAAAAUAAUAUGUAAAUUUGAUCCAGUCUAUUUAAAUGACAUAUAUAAGUCUAAUGUUCCAAAUAUUAGAUUGCAGUUUAGAAGAGAUAUGCUUUUGGGUGAAUUCAAUCUAAUUGAACGCAUUAUGAAUGACAAUAUUUUAAGUAAUAAUUGUUCACACAAUAACUCUCAUGUUACUUUCCAAAUACCUUCAAAUAAUCAAAAAAUACAAAGUGAUAUGGAUGAUAAUUUAUCUUCUUUUCACUCAUCAUUAAUACAGACUUCGUUCUCAUCAUCUAUAGUGAAUACAGAUGACGAUGAGUAA